CUCGGCGCCCUUUCCCUCCGCCGAGAGGCCGGCGUGUGGGGUCGAGUGGCCUGAGCGCAGGGCGCGGAGUGCUCCAGGCGGCGAGGACGACGGCGUUGGUCGCGUCUGUAAGGACGGCCUCAGCAAGCGGGGAAGAUGAAAGGUAGCCGGAUCGAAUUGGGGGAUGUGACACCACACAAUAUUAAACAGUUGAAGAGAUUGAACCAGGUCAUCUUUCCAGUCAGCUAUAAUGAUAAAUUCUACAAGGAUGUGCUAGAGGUUGGCGAGCUAGCAAAACUUGCAUAUUUCAAUGAUAUAGCUGUAGGUGCGGUGUGCUGCAGGGUGGAUCAUUCACAGAAUCAAAAGAGGCUUUACAUCAUGACACUAGGAUGCCUCGCGCCUUACCGAAGACUAGGAAUAGGAACUAAAAUGCUAAAUCAUGUCCUAAACAUCUGUGAGAAAGAUGGCACUUUUGACAACAUCUAUCUGCAUGUCCAGAUCAGCAAUGAGUCAGCGAUUGACUUCUACAGGAAGUUUGGCUUUGAGAUUAUUGAGACAAAGAAGAACUACUAUAAGAGGAUAGAACCUGCAGAUGCUCAUGUGCUUCAGAAAAACCUCAAAGUCCCAUCUGGUCAGAAUGCAGAGACACAAAAGACAGACAACUGAACAAAUUACAAAUGAACUUUCUUGCACUUGCUUGUCGCCAAAUAAAGAAAGACCCAUUGAUUUCCCCUCCCCCUUUUCUUUAGCUUUCCUCCCUUGUUAUUCUUCCUUUCUCUCCUCUUAAAGUUUUUAAUACUUUCAAGAACUCUUAAAAAUGAUCAUGUUUGGAUUGUUUUAGUUCUCUUAUUUUUGUGAGGUGGUUAGGUUGAAGGCAGGAGAAGAUAGGUCUGUAUACUUUCACAGUUAAGAUGUCCCCAAAAUUGGGAGUCAGAUGAUUUCAAUUUUUAGCUAUUUUUUUUUAACAUCCUGCUUUCACAUUGAAGGGCAGAGCCUACAAUAUUGUUUAUUUCAAAAGACAAAAAGAAGCAGCAGCAAUAUCUUGUUCUCUAAUUCAUAGACAAGCUUAGUGUAUUUGUGGUACUUUGAGUUUUAAAGACUAUCUGGGAUGCUAAUCCCUGACAUUGCCUUCACUCUACCUUUCGUCCUUCAAGCACUCUCAGGAGUUGGACCAUUGUUAUCCUUGUGAGAAAAUACUAAGCUUAUUUAGGUUUAAAAGCAGUUUUUCUCUCUAUUUGCUGAUUGGUGGGGCAGUUUGUGUAGGUAGUACUAGACUUUGAUCAAAGUAUUUCAGUUAAACUGCUACUUAGCUGAUGAGUGGGUUGCUUGUUCUUUGUUUUGUUUUGGUUUUUUUACUUUUUCCUUCCUUCCUGCUGUUAAUCUUGUUACUAGAGGCAUUAACUUGUAGAGUAUGGGCUGGUGAAAUGAACUGUUUUAAUAUCCCAGCUAGAAAUAUGGCCUUUAACUGACCUAAAGAAAAUUGUUAUAACUGGUUUUCUUCUCUUGUUUUUCAGUAAGCCCAAUAAUAGUGUAACCUUAUAAAUGGAGUUAUGUCCUUAUAAGCCAAUACCCCUAAAUAAACCUGAAGCAAGUGUUUUCUCUUGGACAUACAAAAUUACAUAAAAAGUUUAGAUGGACUUGUAACACUUUAAGUGUAUUUAAUAUCAACUAAUACAGAUUGCUAAGUGUGACCAUUGAGCAUUGAUAAUAUAUGAAAGAAUUCCUAGACAGUAUUUUUGAAAAUAACAUUGUUAUGCUAUUGCUUAUCUGUUGAAGAACAUCCCAAAUUUGCUUACACUCUGUGCCUAUAAUGUUGAGUUUAAAGAUUUGGAAUAAGAGGAAUCAAGACAAAUUCCUUCUAUUCUUGAAACAAUAGAAGUAUAAAGUGUUAAUACAAAUAUCACUGUGACCUCCAACUGACAGGUUUGGUUAAGUCCAGAUCAUUUUCAGGCACAUUGAGAGUGGCUCUGAUGGGUUGAGAAUUGUAAUGUGGAGACUUUUCCUCAUCUCAAAGAUACAUGGCAUUUCUUAGAUUAUCAAUAGUCAUCAGUGGCUCAAGAAAUGGUCUCAUUAGACUUUAGAACAGUGUAGAGUGUAUGUUUCCUUUCAUUUAACUUUAAAAGGAAGUUUAAUACUUCCUCUUAGGAAAAUUAUGGUAAGGAAGUCUUGUUUCCAAUUAGGUUAAAUCGUAAAAUUAUCUCACAAGAUGCUUAUGCACACUUUAUAACACUUUUUUAAGUUUUUAUUUGAGAAUGUGAAAGUACAUAAAGUGGACUUCAGUAGUCUUGAGUGCCAAGAAAAAUACGGGGUGUGGUGGAUGGAUGGAUGGAUGGAUGGAUGGAUGGAUGGAUGGAUGGAUGGAUGGAUGGAUGGAUAGGGUAAUGAAAUUGUAGAAGUACCACGCUUGUUUCUUGGGUAUUGAUUUCCUAGACAGUCCAAAUCUAAUCCCAGAAAAAAAGUUUAGUGUUAAGCACCUUUACUUUCAUGGAUAAGCUUCAGCUUGCUCUUGCCAAGAGAAGAGGGCAUAAAUGAUAGAGAGCAUAAUUAGUUUGAAGAAGUCAACCAUUUUGUAAACUUCCAGAUAGCAAAAUAGAUUUUGAUAUAUAAAAGAGUUUUCUGAGAUGACACUGCCUCUAUUUCUAUAACCAUUUCACUUGGACUAUCUGAGUAGUCCUAUGAAUGUAUCCCUAAAUGUGGUUAUUGAAUACCGAAUAGCUGCCUCACAACAAUUAAGUACAUGUUAUUUAAAGAGGAGGAACAAAUAAUAAAGUUUGAAUUGAGUGUGUAGGCUCCCUAUUAUUGUUUCUUUUUCCACUCUAGUCAGUGAUUUAACCUAAAUUUUAAAUGUAUGUAUAGGGUCAAUUGUCCUGUAUCCAAGUUGCAUUACAUAAUUCCAUCCACUUACAUAAGGGGAAGAUGUGGAAGAAUAGAAACUGGGACUAGUCCAUAUGCCUGUGAGUCGGGAAAUACUAAAGUAACACCCCAUGUUGACUUUGUGGUUUUUGGUUUGGGUUUAUUUGUUUUGGGGUUUUUUUUCUUUGUUUUUAAUAUGUGCUAAUAAUUUUUGAGGUAAAAUAGUAAUUCUGUUAACUGGAAGAUUAAAGGCUAUCUCCAUCAUUUUUUUUAUGACAGAUUGUUUUUACUGUAGGGUAAAUAGGUUAAAAUUAUUCUGUAUGCUAUUUGAAUUUAGGUUCUAAAGUAAAGACACUGUAGAGAAAUCUAUGCAAUAUAUAAUUUGUCAAGAUUAAUUUUCAUCUGGGGAAAGGAGUUCCUAAGUGUCUCCAAAGCAGGUCACUCAUUAAUUGAAAGUCCUCCAAAAAGAGAACUAUUGGGAAGCAUGGUGUGUGGUGGUGGAACUGAAAACCUCCCUCAGUUUUUGGAGGGGAUAUCUUUAAAGAUACUUAAGUGGCUACGUUUACUUGGUGCAGUUAAGAAUUAAACUUGUCAAUUUUACCGUUACUGUUACAUCUGAAAUAAACUUAUGUGAUGUUCUGGUA